GGUUUCACUUCUGUUUUCUGCCUGUUCAGGUGGAACAAGAGCUGCUACUGCAUGUGAGAAGACAGCCACUGAAUGAGCAGCAGGGUUUUUACGCACUUUUACCUCCGUCAGUAUGGUUGAAUGAUGAGGAAGGAGAGUAAAUCCUUAAGGUGAAGUAUGGCACUGAGUAGCUGUCAAGCUCCUAUAUUGGUGGAAGACUCCAGCUUGAAGGGCUGGAAGGUGAUUGGCUCUGGGGGUUUUGGACAAAUCUACAAAGCCAGACAUUGUCAGUGGGGCUGCGAUGUGGCCAUUAAACUGCUUCAUUAUGACGACGGGACCAGUGAGUCUUUGCUGCGUGAGAUCGACAUGAUGCGUCAAGGAAGCAGCCCGUAUGCUAUUCAGGUCCGGGGGGUCUUCAGGGGUCGAGUGCCCAACUCUGGCUUGUCAACACAGCUGGGUCUGGUCAUGGAGUUAAUGGAAAGAGGAUCACUGGCCUCCCUACAGGAAACCUUACGUGGAGCUCAGCCGUGGCCGUUGGUCUUCAGGCUGGCACACCAAGUGGCUCUGGGCUUAAACUUCCUCCACAGUCUGUCCCCUCCCAUCCUCCACCUGGACCUGAAGCCCAGCAACGUGCUGCUGGACUCCUAUCUCAAUGCCAAGCUUACAGAUUUUGGCCUUGCCCGGUAUUACCACAGCGUCACACGGGUUUCCAAGAAGGACAGUGGAGAGGAAGGGGGGACGAUCAGCUACAUGCCACCGGAGGCGUUCCGUGUCUCGUACAGGCCAACCCUAGCCUCUGACAUCUACAGCUAUGGUGUACUCUUAUGGUCCAUUGUCACAGGGAAACAACCAUAUGCAUAUGCAAAGUCCAGCUUGGUGCGGCUUCGCAUUCCCGAGGGAGACCGUCCAUUGCUUGACGAGAUCAGGGUCCAGGCUGUGGGGCGUGCAGGGUUGACAGGACUGAUGGAGCUCAUGGAGAGAUGCUGGGACACCAAACCCGAACAAAGGCCCUCCUCCCUUGAGUGUACAACGCAGACAGAAGAACUGUAUAAGUUACACAAACAUGCAAUUAAUGACGCUGUCCAUCAAGUGCUGAAGAUACUGGACCAAAGGAAAGAAGAAACAGUGAUUGAGCAGAUCGGGCGGGUUCAUAUCACUCAGGCUUUAGCGGGUGAACGUCUUGAAGCAGUGAACGUUUAUGACAAUGCACUCACAGGUGGCCCACCAAUUCAGGAAAUGGCUGGUGGUUGCACCGCAAAUCAAACAGACAAUGCACGAGUUAAAGAUCCGCCUUCAAUUAGACCUGCAAGUGUGUGUUAUGCUGACGUGACCUGCCCAUCGACAGAAUAUAAUUUGAAAAAGUCCUCUGUUUGCCCCAUUGGAUCGUCAUUGCCGUCUCCUUCGACUGGGAGGUCAACUCAAAGCAGAACAGCAAAACAUCCCCAGAUGGCUUAUAGACCAAAUCUAUCUUCACAGUACCACCGUCAGUUUUCCAGCCCCGACACUUUCCCCUGCCAUCCUGCCCCUGGAUUCCAAAUUCACCUUUGCAACAUAACCGGAUUACAGCAUGGCAACAACAACACCAUGAACAUCGAACUUAUAGACCCCUCAGAUAGGAAACGGCACCCAACAGCACCAUCUAGGGUCGACCUCCCGCCGCCACCUCCAGGAAGCUGGAAGGACAAGUCAGGAGGGCUUAGCUGAGUUCACAUCGAGCUUUUCGAUUUUAAGUCUUGCACAACAGGAAGGUUGUGUUUUGUAACUCCUUUUAUGAAAGCAUUACUGCAUUUAAAAUUACUGCGUUACUGCAUGUGAAUUUGCUUUUCCAAUCUGGAUAGGAUUGAGAUGUGGUUUUAGUAGAUUGCAUGUUUUCAAAAGGGUUUUGGUAAAAAGGUUAAGGUAUUUUUUCAAACGUAUUUAUUUUGCUUCUUUUGUUAGAAUAUGUUAAACCAAUGAGCAAAAACCUCACACUUCUCUUCAGCUGUGUCAGCCUUAUAAAUGUGGGCCAAGUCAUAUGUCAUAUGGGUUUGAUUUUCCACCAACCGUGGACAACAAAUAUCCACAGAACAGUGCCAGCUAACGAUAAAGUGCCAUUAAUUGCCAUAAAGUCUGUAUUGUUGUAAUUUUAACAUGAAACAUUGAUCAUCUGUAUAUAGAAAUUUCUGCAAAUAUUAUAUCUUUUCUACCUAAUGCAUUAGUUUUGACUUUUAUAUUUAUAUUUUAUAUGCAUUCUUUUGUGGGUAUAUAUAUAUAUAUUUUUUUUUUACAAACUUUUGAAAAUGUUUAACCCAAACAACUUCAUUAACCAUUUCCUAUAUGUUUUUUUAAUUGACUG